UGGUGCGCGUCCUUAGCUCCGCAACUGUUUGCUGGAAUAUUCCGGGAAACGGUUUAAUUUAGUCAUGGAGGGACUUAAUGAUUUUUGGGAAACUAACGUUAUUCACGCAAAACAGAGCCAAUAGGCAUCAGAGGGAGAGGACAUGAAUGGUUGGGGUUUUAUUUGACUUUGGAGACUUUUUACGCAUAUGGAUGAAUGCCUCAUCAGAUGUAGACAUGGCCACGUAGCUCAACAGUUUCUUUGUGAAAGAGUGACUUUAUUUAGAGUCGGACGCUUUUAAUAACUUCAAGUAAUGACAAGCUCGAGGAAACUGAAUAAUAGACUUGGUUUAAAGAUACUUUAUGCAGAAAUCGUAAUUUUUUGGACACAUCUCAAGUGGCCUUAUAACAGCUAACCAGCAAAAAAAAAAAAAAAAAAAAAAAAAUCAGAGGACUAUUUAUAUCUUUAAACGGAAUUAUUACAGAAAUCAAUUGUAAGUGGAUCUAAUGGCAGAGGAAUAUGAACAGUCUGGUGCGUCAGAGUUUAUUAAAGACCGGCUGUACUUUGCCACUCUGCGUGUCAAACCAAAGAAUACAGCCAACACACACUACUUCAGCAUGGAUGAGGAGUUCAUAUAUGAGAGUUUCUAUGCAGAUUUUGGGCCCCUCAACCUGGCCAUGCUGUACAGAUACUGCUGCAAAGUCAAUAAGAAGCUCAAGUCUUUCACGAUGUCUAGAAAGAAACUGGUCCACUACACCAGUUAUGACCAGAAGAAGAGAGCAAAUGCUGCUCUUCUCAUCGGUGCCUAUGCUGUAAUCUACUUAAAAAGAAGCCCAGAAGAAGCCUACAGGACUCUGAUCUCAGGAAACAACAUAGGCUACUUGCCAUUCAGGGAUGCUGCAGUGGGAGAGUGCUCCUUCAACCUUACUGUUCUCGACUGCUUACAAGGAAUACGCAAGGCAUUACAGCAUGGUUUCUUUGACUUUGAAAGUUUUGAUGUGGAGGAAUAUGAACAUUAUGAGCGAGUAGAAAACGGGGAUAUGAACUGGAUCAUUCCAGGGAAAAUUCUGGCAUUCAGCAGUCCUCACCCUCGCAGUAAGAUAGAAAAUGGUUAUCCCCUGCACGCACCAGAGGCGUAUUUUACAUACUUUCACCAAAAUGAUGUCACAGCCGUAGUCCGUUUAAACAGGAAGUUAUACGACGGUAGGAGGUUUGAGGAUGCAGGAAUUGAGCAUCAUGACCUUUUUUUCCUGGAUGGGACCACGCCCUCUGACCUCAUCGUCAGGCGCUUCCUGCAUGUGUGUGAAAGUACUGAAGGAGCUGUGGCUGUGCACUGUAAAGCUGGCCUGGGCCGUACAGGCACUCUGAUUGGCUGCUACCUGAUGAAGCACUUUCGGUUCACUGCAGCUGAGGCCAUCGCAUGGAUCAGAAUUUGCCGACCUGGAUCCAUCAUUGGUCCCCAGCAGAACUUCUUAGAGGAGAAACAGCACAGUUUAUGGGUCCAGGGUGACGUCCAUCGCUCCAAACAGAAGAUCCUUCAGCAGAGACUGAGCCGACGGCAGCAGCUACAGCAACAGCGUCAACAGCAGCAGCUUCACAGCCCCGACUCUGAGGGGGGGAAACAGGAAGCCAUGUCCCACCUACUCUCAAGCAUGGAUGACCUGUCAAUUAAGACCACCCUCUGCAAAUCAUACAGUUUGGAUGAGAAUAACUGUCAGGAAGGCAGUCUGACUCAGGGAGACAAACUCAGAGCACUGAAGGGAAAACGACCACCAAGAUCAGCCUCCUCAUCCUCAAGGUUAAACCUGUCCAAGGCCUCUCAAUGCUCCAUUCUCCCACCCCCUAAGUCCUCGAAAGUUCCCCUCUCCUUCUCCUCCUCUUCCUCUUCUUCUAAGAGGCUGUUAAGAAGCUCGUCCUCCUCCACCACGCAAAUCAAAAGUCCAUUCAGCCUCAGUCUGUUCAGCACCAGGCCUUCUGUCAUUCACUGACUUCACAGUUUGGACCUUUCCAUUCUGCUCACAGUUGACUGAGGAGGACAUCAAAACUGGACUACCAACAUGCUGCUGUUGUCUAGGCCUUAAACAUUUUUUCACCUUUGACAAAUGUUUUAAUUAUUUGUCUUACAAAGUACCUGCACGGACUCAGAGAAUACAGAGGUCUGUAGAGUCAACUCAAAGUAGGGAAACACAUAUUUCUUUAACACUGGCACCCAAAACACAUCUCCAAUCUCCAGUAGAUAAAAGCAAAUGGUAUGUUGGAAGAUAAAACACACAAAAUUGCGGAAAAAUAAUGUAAUUUCACAUACAUGUAUUAAAUAAUGAUGAACAAACUUUAAUUAGUGAACAGGUUUAUUAUUGACAAAUCUACGUACAGUACUAGUAGGCUGAAAACACCUGCAAGUACUCAAGUACAAGUAGUAACAAAACAAUGUACAUGUACCAUUUCAAGUAAAAGUCCUGCUUUCAAAAGCCUACUAAGUAUUAGUGCAGAUGUAUCAUUAGCAAAGUGUACUUUAAGUAACAAACUGCUCAUUAUGGUGAAUGGCCCCACUCAGAGUUUUAUAUAUUUUAUAGGAUCAUUAUCCCUCAUGUUUUGACUGCUUAACAGUAUUUUACUCUUGCAGCUGGUUGAAGCGGAGCUGAUUUCAGCAACUUUAUAAAGAGACGGACUGUUUAAUCUGCAAAAACCUCAACAUUAUGAAGACUUUUUCUGGCAGUGAUAAUUGGUAUGGGUGCAAAAAUACUUGUAAAAGUACUUGCAAAGAGUUAUAAAGACAUAAAAUAGACUAUAAAUAUAAUGUUGUUUUCCUCCAGAGGAUAUUCAUUUACAGGCUGUUGAAUAAAAAGAAAUACCAACUUUGGAUGGUACCAUCACCAUACUGAGAACAAUGCUGCUGUAAGCAGCUCUCUAUAAUUAACAUACUUUACAAAUGAGUUUUAGCAUGUGACAGAGAGACGAUUUUGGUGUCAAGGCUCAGGUGAAGUUUUAGAGUCCUCACAUCACUUGAGGAGAUCCGAGGGGAGAGGGGGUAGCAACACAACUCCACCUAAUGGAGGCUUAUGGUGCCCCAGAUUAAAACGUCCAACAACACAUAAUUGAAACCACAAAAUAUCUCCAUUCUGCUCGUCCGUAGUGAUCCAAGUGUCCUGAAGCCCUGACAUAAAAAGUUGUUUGGAAAAACAUCAUUUGAUUUCUGUUUUUAGCCUCAUUGUAGCCUGCAGCUCUGCCUCUGCCGCUCUGUGCGCCGUGCUCACGUGUGCUCGCUUGUGCACGAGACCAGCGAAAGCAUGUGAACACACAUGAACGCUGUGCCAAUGUCUCGCGCAAGCGCGCACAUUAGCCCAUCAGCCUCCAUUAGGUGGAGUUGUAUUGCUACCCCCUCUCCCCGCCGAUCUCCGCAAGUGAUGUGAGGACUCUAAAACUUCACCUGAGCCUCCCUUGGCAUAUGGGUGAGUAGAUAAUGGCUGAAUUUUCAUUUUUGGGUGCACUAUCCCUUUAAUGUAUCACUGUUCAAACAAUGUAGAAGUUGUGCCAGUGGAGGAGUGGAAACAACGCCAUAUGACUCUUAACUGCAACUGCACUUUAUUAUUAGAACCAUAUUAAACUAAAUGCUUUGACAUCAUUAUUAGUAAGGGUUUGUUUUAUAUCGAGCAAGAAACACUGAGUAUCAACAGUUAUGUACAUAUACUGUAGGUCAAAUUUAUCAAGCACAAUAAGGCACAGAAAAGGAUCACAGGGGUUCAAAUCACAAAAACUAUUAUAAAAUAUUUGGAAAGUAUUUUUAGUUGCGAAGAGUUUUGGCAGCAGGUCAUUCAUGCAAGCCAUUCAUAAUAAAGGGAAAUUGUUCUGUUUGUCUGUCAAGCUGUGUUAAAACAUUUUUCUUUCUUCAGAGAAAAUGUAUGUAUUGAGAAUUUUUGUGUUUGCUUGUUGCAACAUGCUGAAAUGCUGUUCGGUUUUGAAAGUGUGCCGCUACGACGUGUGACCGUCAUUGCCGGUGUUAUUUUAGGAAUGUAUUCUCAAAUCACUGGUUGUUUCAAAAGAAAGAAAAAUAGUAAUUUGAGAUAUACAGUUGAAUAA